AAAUAGGACGAGAGUACCGUAAUCGGUUCUGGACACCAUGCCCGGAUGCACGUCGACCACGCGUUUUCUCGUAAUAUAAAGUAAAUAACACGAUUCGGUUUACUCAGACUGGGCAACGAUUACAACAUGAGUGAAGCGUGUUGAAUUAUAAUAUUGUAGUUGUGUGGCUGACGUAGUGUUAUAAUUUGGUUGCGCGGCAUUAAAAUUAUUUAAUUUCGACGUAUAUUUUUGGGAAUUAAAAGUUGUUGGCGAGUUGGUGCGAACUUUGAAAAUGGACGUGCCGGCAAAAGGAAAUGUGUUGGGACGAUGUCUACCCGCCCGUUACAUCUUGGCGGUGCUGGGGUCGAUCGGGAUGGCCAUAAUCUACGGGCUGAAGGUCAACCUAUCAGUCACCAUGGUCAGCAUGCUGAACAACACUGCCAUAAAGAGUCUCACCGGGGAGAAGACGGUGGCAGCAGCUGCUGUUGAAAACAGCUCAUGUGGAGGGACUGUUGCUGUUGAGGACGCCGAGGAUGGACCUUUCGUCUGGAUGCCCGAGGUCCAGGGUUUGAUCUUGAGUUGUUACUUUUGGGGUUAUUUGGUGUCACAACUUCCAGGUGCACGCAUCGCAGAGCUAUUUUCGGCAAAAUGGGUGAUGUUCUUCAGUGUUGCCAUCAACGUGCUGGGCACCCUCCUCACCCCGGUCAUGGCCGAGACCCACUACGCUGGCGUCAUCGUCAUGAGAGUUGCCGAGGGCUUGGGAGGGGGGGUAACAUUCCCGGCCAUGCACGUGCUGCUGUCCAAAUGGGCGCCUCCAGCCGAGCGCAGCGUGAUGUCCGCGCUGGUGUACGCGGGGACUUCCCUGGGCACCGUCAUCUCCAUUCUUAUGGCUGGCAUUCUGGCUGCUAAAGUUGGCUGGGAGAGCGUGUUCUACGUGAUGGGCGGUCUGUCCACAAUAUGGCUGGUGUUGUGGACCAUCUUGAUUAGGGAUUCGCCGCAGCAACAGCCGCUCAUCAGCGCGAAGGAGAGGGAAAUGAUCGUCACCUCGCUUGGCGGCAGCACCAGCGACCAUUCUGAACAUAAGAAACUGCCAAUCCCAUGGAAAGCCGUGCUGACUUCUCCACCGUUCCUGGCCAUCCUGGUGUCCCACGUGUGCUCCAACUGGGGCUGGUACAUGCUGCUCAUCGAGCUGCCCUUCUACAUGAAGCAAGUCCUCAAGUUCAACGUCGCCGAGAAUGCCUCGGCCACAGCUCUUCCGUUCCUCUCACUGUGGUUGUUCAGCAUGGCGCUCAGUAAGACCUUCGACUGGCUGCGAGGCAAGGGCCUGAUCACCACCACAACCGCCAGGAAGAUUGGCACUUUGUUUGCAUCAGUGGUACCAGCGGUCGCCCUACUAGCCCUGUGCUUCAUCGGCUGCAAUCGCGGCGCUGCGGUGGCUAUCACCGCGGUAGGGGUCACCGCUAUCGGUGGCAUGUUCUGCGGCUUCCUCUCCAACCACAUCGACAUCGCGCCCAACUUCGCUGGUACUCUAAUGGCCCUGACCAACAGCGUGGCCACAAUCCCAGGUAUCGUCGUGCCAAUCUUCGUCAACUACCUCACUCAUGGAAAUCAAACGAUAUCGGCAUGGCGUGUGAUAUUCUUCGUGACAAUCGGUCUCUACGUGAUCGAGAUCAUCGCAUACACAGUCUUCGGCUCCGGAGAGGAACAACCCUGGAACAGAGUCCCUGGGGAUAAGGAGGGCAAGGCAGAGAGCAAACCACUUAACGAAGACGUCAAAGACGUUUAAAACUCUAUCUUGAAAUCUAAUACUACUGAAGUCAUAAAGUUUAAAAUGAACAAAUUGUUAAGUGAAGAUGGUUUAACAUUUUAUUUUGAACCCUAACACUAAAUUAGAAGGUAAAGGACGCUUAACGCUUUAUUUUGAACCCUAUCAUGAGGAGAUAAGAUUAUUUUUGUUCUAGUUGUACAAUACAAUAGUAUUGCUUUUGAAAUGCCUUUGAAUUUUUUGAGUGAAAAUUUAUUUUUAUAAUGAUGCAUUUUUUACGGUAUUUUAUUUAGUUUUAAUAAAAUUAUUAUUAUCAUGGUAUUUUUAUACUUAAAUAAAGUGUAUUUUUUUAUUCGAACAAUCAAUAUUUUUAAAUGUUUUAUUAGUAGUUUACUAAGAUGUAAGAUUAAAAAAUAUGUACAGUCAACAGCACACCAAGUUGCAUUGAAUUUGGGUAGGUUGACGUGCUGUUGACUGUACGUACUUAUUUUUCAAGUAUUUUGGACAAGAUUAUAUUCUCAAAGUUUUUUAUAUUUUGUAUCUACUAUUUAACAACUCGAAUUAUGUACAUAACUUUAAUUUUCUUGGUCAUUUACAUAUACAUGUGCAUAUUGAGGUACUCCUAGACAGUAUGUAGCAAAAUGAGAUGACACUAGUUGUCUUGUUAAAGAAAAGAGACAGCUAUAAACUAACAUUUUGUAAAAUAGGUACUGUGGGGAGCACGAUUAGGUAUAGCUAAUUAAAAGUUUACAUAGUUUUUAAGCAUUGAUAGAUAUAUAUUAAAGAUAUUUGUCUAUCGAGUGCAUUUUGUAUUUACUUUCGGUAUUGUUUUAUUAACAUUGCUUCUUUCCAUUUUUGAUUACGUCGAUGGAUUCUCAUAUGGACGGGGUAGUAGAAUAUUUUUUCAUUCAAUUAUAUUCUUAUAACCCGUGCCCGCAUACGAUAACCUUUGUGCAAAGUUUCGUCAAUUUUGGACGAAAUAGUUCUACCCCUUUCCCCCGCUAUAGAACUUCUUUUGAUAUGCGAAAGUACAACAGUUUAUGUAAACCAAUCGUGCCAUGACUAAUUAUUUCUAUUUCUUUCACUUGCUAUGAAAACGAAAGGAUACGCGACAGUUUAUGUAAUCGAGAUAGACGUCGCGAUAAGUUGCGCCAUAGAACGUAUGAUUCGUCGUGGCUUGAAGUUUCAGAACACACAACGUGCCUUCUCGAUAGCUAAGGUUUAUUGACUUUUAUUUUACCAUAUUUUAGACAAAGUACAUGACUGGAGAUUCGCCGAUUGUGCCAUGAUUUUAUGUACUCAUUAUAUUUUGUAGGGUUUACUUUCUAUAAUGAUAUUAUGAGGCUUGUAAGUCCUAUUUGUAUUUUUCUAAAUUAGCAAGCGCAUUAGUGUUUUUAUCCAAUUUAAUUGAUGUAUUAGAAAACACAAAAAGAUCGCCCAGGGUGAAAUAUAAUUCGACGCAAAUAAAUAGAUGUGAUUACGCCAUACUUUUUGGGAAUAGAUUAGAAACAUAUUGGGCGUAUACUAUUGUCCGGUCACUCGAAAUAACCGUAUUUUUAUUAUAGGUAUUGCAAUGUUACCAGUUGGUUAACAGUGAUGAAUUAUCAGUAAACACAUAGCAAAAAAAACUUUAUUUUUUGUAGCAUUUCAUACGAACAAUAUUGUCGAUAAUAGAAAUAAAGAGCGACACAAAAAAAAGAGUUCACAAAAAGACGAAACAAAUCUGUACGACCAAUCACAUUCUAUAUCAUAUGCAUAUCAUAACAUGCUUUUUAAACUACAUUUAAAUAACGAGAUAAAAAAGAAUAUGCUCGUUUCGUUAAUUUUUAAAUCAAAAUUACCAAUCACAUUUAAAUAAUGCUUAUAAAGUAUUUUUUAAAGAUGCUUUUCUAGAGAGAAUUUUGUGAACCAUUUAAGUGUCAAUUUGAUAUAGCUUUUGUAUGUGUUUUCACUGAACUGCAGUUGGAUAUAGUAUACCAAAGACAUGUGUGUUAUGUGUACUUAUAAAAGACUAUUAAAACUAUCUAUGUCAGCAA